UAAGAAGCGGUCCGACCAGUGUGUGUUGCUUUUAUUCCUCGGUGCACCUUCUGCUCCAUCAUCAGGCGUCGCACCCCGGUAACUUCCAACAGCGCAGGAGCCGCAGCACAGAUGGGAAAAGCCUGAGCAACAGCAACGGUCAUCUUCGUAGACAGGUAAUGGAUCCAGUUUGACUGUCACAACACCAACCUACCCAGCUGGCCUAACUCACUCUGUAGCUAUGGCAACUUGUUCGAGAGGCUGUGCGCCAGCAGUGCGCCUUUGCCAGAGACUGAACCGACUCAAGACGCUAGAUGAUGACAUGAUGGCAACAUCACUGAAACGCUGCCUCUCCACCCUGGACCUGACCCUGCUGGGUGUCGGCGGCAUGGUGGGCUCCGGGCUUUAUGUCCUCACAGGAACAGUGGCUAAAGACACGGCUGGGCCUGCUGUCAUCAUAUCCUUCCUUUUCGCAGGUCUUGCUUCUUUGUUGGCUGCCUUUUGUUAUGCAGAGUUUGGAGCGCGCAUUCCCAAGACAGGAUCUGCCUACAUGUUUACCUACGUCUCUGUUGGAGAGAUCUGGGCCUUUCUCAUUGGCUGGAAUGUGAUUUUGGAGAAUAUGAUUGGUGGUGCCGCUGUGGCACGUGCUUGGAGUGGCUACCUAGACUCCAUUUUCAACCACGCUAUCCAGAACUUUACAGAGACGCACAUCAUGCAGUGGCACGUGCCCUUUCUUGCUCAUUACCCUGACCUACUAGCAGCAGGAAUCCUAAUAGUUGCCUCGUUCUUCAUUUCCUUUGGAGUUCAAGUGUCCUCUUACCUCAACCACAUCUUCUCCACCAUUAGUAUGGCUGUCAUUGUUUUCAUCCUGGUGUUUGGCUUCAUGCUAGCCGAACCGGCCAACUGGAGCCAGGAACAAGGAGGCUUUGCACCCUUUGGGAUGUCGGGAAUACUGGCAGGUUCAGCCACAUGCUUCUAUGCGUUUGUGGGUUUCGAUGUAAUUGCUUCCUCGAGUGAGGAGGCAAGGAACCCCCAGAAGGCUAUUCCUAUUGCUACUGCUAUCUCCCUUGCACUGGCAGCAACAGCCUACAUCCUGGUCUCCGCUGUGCUCACACUGAUGGUACCCUGGCGUACACUGGACCCCAACUCAGCUCUUGCAGAUGCUUUUUUCCGCCGAGGUUACAGUUGGGCUGGAAUUGUCGUAGCAGUGGGUUCCAUCUGUGCCAUGAACACUGUGCUGCUCUGCAAUCUCUUCUCCCUCCCUCGGAUUGUCUACGCCAUGGCAGAGGAUGGAUUGUUCUUCUCCAUUUUUGCAAGGGUCAAUCCUAUCACCAAAGUUCCCGUCAAUGCCAUUCUAGUGUUUGGGAUCCUCAUGGCCGUCAUGGCUCUGAUCUUUGACCUGGAGGCCUUGGUCCAGUUCCUGUCCAUUGGCACUCUCCUUGCAUACACCUUUGUGGCAUCAAGUGUUAUUGUACUGCGCUUCCAGCCAGAGAAGGCCAAGGGAACCGCUUCCACAUCUCCAAACCCCAAUGCUGAGCCUUCACCUGCCCCCUCAGAGGCCCACACCAUAGCCGAUGACAGCGGAGAGCUGAAACAAUAUGAGUCAUUCUCUGACAAGAUCCAGUUGGUGGAGAGGCAGAAGACAAGUGAGCGGCGUGGGGUGGGGCAGCUGAGAGCCUGCUGGGAGCCAUACCUGGACAGGCUAUUGGGUGACUGUGAGCCGGGCGACGUGGUGGCCUACUCUGUGCUGACUCUGAUUGUGAGCUCAGUGUCCCUCUGUGCUGUGCUGGAAUUUGGAAACAAACAGCUUCAACUCCCAGUCUGGAGCUUCGCAAUGCUGCUGGUGAUUUUUAGCUUAGCUUUCCUUAUUAGCCUGAUACUCAUAUGGGUUCAUGAGCCGCAAAAGAACCAAAAAACAUUUCAGGUACCUCUGGUUCCGCUGACUCCAGGUGCCAGUAUCCUCAUUAAUGUGUUCCUCAUGAUGAAGCUCAGCUUUUUAACCUGGAUUCGAUUCACCGUCUGGAUUGCUAUAGGUCUCUUUGUGUAUUUUGGCUACGGGAUCUGGCACAGUAAGGAGGGAAUACGGGAGCUGCAGCCCAAAGACAUGGCGGCCCGGUACGUGGUGCUACCCAGCGGCAGCCUGGUAGAGACAGUUCAGUCGGUCCAGCCCGAUGGUCAAGUGGACACCUCAGCGCACCACAUCAGUCCAACAACUCCCUCAGCGGGUGAGGAGUCCACGGGACAGAGAUGAUGUGUGACCAGUCAGAGUCAUCGUUACAACUGCCUGGUAUUGUCUGUUGUCUCCCACUCAUACUCUGUACUAUCACUAGUUUACUCUGUAUUUCACUCCCUUUAGCGCGUGACAGUCUGUACUCGUUGCUCUGCAUAUGUAUGCACACCACAGGAUGGGAUGCACUCUCCCUGUGUUAUUGUGAGGCCUAUUUGUAUAUCUUGUAAUACUCAAAUGUACAAUAGAGAGCUUUAUUACUGUCCUGUAAACUUUUAGCGACAAAGUUGUGUUAUAUCCUUGAAGACCAGCUCUUUUCUUGCAACCUUGCCAGUCUGUCAGAGUCCAUGCCGUUGUAGAUUAUAUAUGGUGCUUUCUUUGUUACAAAGAGUGGAGGAUUUUUUAAAUGUUAACACAGCUCUAGAGCUGGAAAAUAAACUUUUUCUUUUUGAAAGUUAUUAGUUUGGGCAAAGCAAGCAUUCAUUUGUUGCAUUUUUUAAGUUAAGCAGAAGAAUGCACAAAGUUGUGAGUUUACAUUUUUGACUUUUCACAUAUCAUUCUACCCAAAGCCACUGAAGAAACCACAUGCUUUAAUUAUUUAGACCCAUUUUGUCCAUCUUCAUUUGGCAGUCGUAGACUUCUCUAAGUAUAUUGUUUUUUGACAAAGUAUUUAAUUCUAUGUUAUAAGACUCUGUAUGUAUUUAUUUUUUUAUUAUUGAUUAUGCUUUAUUUUAUAUAGGUUUUGUGUGCAACUAUAUCUGUGUUAUAUUCUGUGUUUUGCAUGUAGCCCUAUUUGUCCAUUUCAGUCAUUUUUGUCCCCAUUUUCACUGGGUGAACACAUCACUUAAUCUCUUAAAACUCACCCCGUGACCCUGUUCUUUUAUGUGUCACUGAUCUUGAGCAGUCUUUUUUUCUCACGUACCUUCAGUCCUUCAGCACCUUCCCCUUUCUCCCUGUAUGAGGAUGUACAUCAAAGCACAUCGAUCACUGAGAUCACAUGACUGAUUUCCAGAGGCAACCUGAGAAACAAUUUGAUAUAGUGGCAAGCACAAACCUAAUGAAUGAGACUCUUUGGACACAGAUAUCGACAGGCUGGCAGACAUCAGUUGUUUUGUUAAAGUGGGAUGUUUGCUCUCUCUGAGGCCUCCGUAAUCCCAGCAGAUUUGCAGCAGUCCCUGUCGCCAGUCUGCAGAUUGACCCAGUUUUGAGAUAGCACCACAUGUGAGAACUCUCUCGUAUUAUACAGAUAACAUUCCCACAGACUGCACUUGUGUCAGUUGAUGACCUAAAAUGAGGCUUUAUUUUGUAUCACAUACUGUAUGUAAAAGUACUGCGAAAGAUGUUUGUUGUGUAACUCCAGUUUGUUUGCAUGUUUUACAGAAGAAACCAAUGGCCUUAAACAUGUUGUAAUCAAUACAGACCAAUUUCCAAAGCUAAACUAGUCGCUUCGAAUGGUUUAGUUUCAUUUAUAUGUGUGUUAGAUAUUUAAAAAAAAACUAUAUAGAACUUCAUGCUUUUGAAUUAUUAAACCAAAACACUAACUUGGAAGAGAAUGUAACAUAGGAGGCAUUUUGGCAUAGUUUCAAAAAGGAGUUUGGUUCAAGAGAGUUUUGUACAACUUUGCAGUUUGCAAACUGUCAUCUGGUAAACCUUUGUCACGGUUAUGCUUUUGAUGUCAACUACUGUGGUGCUUUUUUUAAGCUGAACAUUCUCUCACCUCUUUCUCUGUCUUUUUUUUUAUGUGCCGGGAAGCACAGUUAAAACAAUCCAGUUCUUUCUACUUCUGAAUCAUAUUGUACUCUAUACUUGCACAUGAACCUCUCAAAUCCUUCUGUUAUGCUGUAUGUCUGUGUAAAGUACAAACAAUGAAAAAAUAAAUGUUUUCAAGCAGCA